AUGUCUCAGACUGUCGGAUUGACUCGACUAGCCUACUCGCGGGUAUGGCAUCAGAUCUCUGCAUCAACACCUCACAAGACUCUCACGACCCAACCGGAUGUGACACCUCCUUCCCUCGGGAGACUCGCGUCCCGAAUCGCCGUUCUUUUAAUGGGCAAACACAAACCGAUCUGGGAUCCUUCGACAGACUGCGGAGACUACGUAGUUGUGACCAAUUGUGCCGCCUUACACACCACGGGCAACAAGAUGUGGCGAAAAACGUAUUAUAGACAUUCGACGAGACCUGGGAGCUUGAAAUCGCUCACAAUGGAUGCGCUCAUGGAGAAGCACGGCGGCAGCGAGGUUCUACGGAAAGCAGUUCGUGGCAUGUUGCCGAAAAACAGACUAAGAGACAAGAGACUGGCAAGGUUGAAAGCCUUCGAAGGCGAGGCCCAUCCUUAUAAACUGAACUUGGUGCGAUUUGGCGGUGUCGUGGUGGGAAGCGAAGGCUGGGACGCGGCAGUAGAAAGAAUUAGGGAGUCGGACAAGAAGCGGUUAUAA